AUGGCGAGCACCGAUGCUCUCUUGCCAAUCUCAGCCAGAGAAGAAGACCCAUUGUUAUCCGACGGGUCAAGAUCCGACCCGAAUUCGGAAACACCUCUCCGGAGACGACCCUUUAAAGGUCUCCUCGCCGUCUCAUUUGGGCUAUUGUUUAUCGCCUUUUACGUCGCUCUUAUAGCCACACACGACGGAUCUAGAUCCGACGACGCUAAAAUCGAUGAAACAGAGACGACAAUGUCACGUGCCCGUCUCGCCGGCGUUUCGGAGAAAAGCAAUGAUCAGCUGUGGAAACUUUCCGGUGAUCGGAACGCGGCGGCGUUCGCGUGGAACAACAGUAUGUUGUCGUGGCAACGAACGGCGUUCCACUUUCAGCCUGAGCAGAAUUGGAUGAACGGUCCACUGUUCUACAAGGGAUGGUACCACUUCUUCUACCAAUAUAACCCAAACGCAGCCGUAUGGGGUGACAUUGUUUGGGGUCAUUCGGUGUCUAAGGACCUGAUCCAUUGGGUCCACUUGCCCUUAGCCAUGGUUGCUGACCAAUGGUACGACGCCAAUGGUGUCUGGACCGGCUCAGCCACAAUCCUCCCCGAUGGCUCUAUCGUCAUGCUUUACACCGGUUCUACCGACAAAUCUGUACAGGUCCAAAACCUUGCCUACCCUGAGGACCCCAACGACCCUCUUCUGUUGAAAUGGGUCAAGUUCUCGGGCAAUCCGGUUCUCGUGCCUCCUCCGGGUAUUCUCCCAAAGGACUUCCGUGACCCGACAACUGCGUGGAAGACAUCAGCCGGAAAAUGGCGGAUCACAAUUGGUUCCAAGAUCAACAGAACCGGAAUCUCCCUCGUGUACGACACGACCGACUUCAAGACGUUCGAGAAACUGGACACAUUGUUGCACCGAGUUCCAAACACCGGGAUGUGGGAGUGCGUUGACUUUUAUCCGGUGUCUAAGACCGCUGUCAAUGGGCUCGACACAUCCGUCAACGGACCGGAUGUGAAGCACAUCGUGAAGGCUAGCAUGGACGACACCAGGAUUGACCAUUAUGCCGUAGGAACGUAUUUCGAUUCGAACGGGACAUGGAUCCCGGAUGAUCCUACUAUUGAUGUCGGGAUUAGUACUAGUUUAAGAUAUGAUUACGGAAAGUUCUAUGCAUCAAAGACGUUUUACGACCAGAACAAGGGUCGAAGAAUCUUGUGGGGGUGGAUUGGCGAAUCUGAUAGUGAGUAUGCUGAUGUACAAAAGGGCUGGUCUUCUCUUCAGGGUAUUCCAAGAACUGUUGUCCUCGACACAAAGACAGGGAAGAAUUUGGUUCAAUGGCCAGUGGAAGAAAUCAAAUCUCUUAGAUUAAGCAGCAAAAAGUUCGAUAUCGAAGUCGGUCCCGGGUCAGUGGUACCGGUUGAUGUCGGUUCGGCGGCUCAGCUAGACAUCGAAGCAGAAUUCGAGAUCAAGAAAGAAUCUCUCGACAAAAUCCUCGGAGACGCUUCGGUAAUGGCCGAGGCUGAGGAAUUUAGCUGCCAGACUAAUGGAGGCUCCACCGUCCGUGGUGCUUUAGGACCGUUCGGAUUUUUGGUUCUGACCGAUGAUAAGUUGUCGGAGCAAACUCCGGUUUACUUCUAUGUGGCUAAGGGAAAAGAUUCAAAGCUCAAAACUUUCUUCUGCACAGACACCUCAAGGUCAUCUUUUGCAAACGAUGUAGUUAAACCGAUAUACGGUAGUUCCGUACCGGUUCUAAAAGGGGAGAAAUUGACCAUGAGAAUUUUGGUGGAUCAUUCGAUAGUAGAAGCAUUCGGACAAGGCGGAAGAACAUGUAUAACCUCAAGGGUGUAUCCGACAAAAGCCAUCUAUGGAGCGACGAAGCUUUUCUUGUUCAACAAUGCUAUUGAUGCGGCUGUUACGGCGUCGUUUAAAGUCUGGCAAAUGAACAGUGCUUUUAUUCAUCCUUACUCUGAGGAUGCUGUCCCGACGUCAAUUGAUGAAAUUCCCCCGAACGCUGUUCGCCGGAAAAUAGACUCUAACUGGAGAGGCGGGUUUAGCCUCGGCGUAGAUUUAGGGUUAUCUCGGACUGGAAUCGCUAUUAGUAAAGGCUACACCGUUCGACCUCUCACGGUUUUGAAAUCGAGAGGACAAAAGCUCGAGACCCGGCUAUUGGAAAUUGCAGAAGAAGAGGAGGUUGAUGAAUUCAUAAUUGGGUUGCCGAGAUCUUCUGAUGGGAAAGAGACGAUUCAGUCGAACAAAGUUCGUUCUGUUGCCGGACGUCUUGCAGUCCAAGCCGCCGAGAGGGGACUCAAAAAGAGUGAAAGGCAGAACAGAGAAGAUGCAUACGCUGCUGUGAUAUUGUUGGAGAGGUACUUCUCUACACAAGGUUUAGGAACCGAGAUCAUACUUCCCAAGAGUUUAGACCUUCAAGAGAAGAUCAAGAAGGGUGCAUUUGUAGACCCUGACUUUUUCCCAGAAAAGCUUGAAGAGAAUUACACAUUCUAA